AUGGCUCGUACCAAGCAGACCGCCCGUAAGUCCAGCGGAGGGAAAGCUCCCCGCAAGCAGCUGGCCGCCAAAGACGCCCACAAGAGCGCCCCAGCCACCGGCAGAGUAAAGAAGCCUCACCGCUACAGGCCGGGCAUCAAAUCCACCAAGCUGCUCAUCCGCAAGCUGCCCUUCCAGCGUCUUGUCCGAGAGAUCGCCCAGGACUUCAAGACUGACCUGCGCUUCCAGAGCUCCACCAUCAUGGCUCUGCAGGAGGCCGCAAGGAGGGCCCUGAUCCUUGGAGCUUACAAGCUAGGACUACACUAUCACUUAAAGGGGGUGAGGGGAUGUGGAGGAUCCAGUUCUGUGCACAUCAGGUCUUCUGAGCCCAAGAGAAGAUAG